UCAACCUCUUUCAUCUACGAAGCCUGCAUGAGAGCGGAGCUACUCGAGUACAAAACGCGCAGCACUUCGCCGAUGGAGCCACUAAUGUUCCCGUGCUCGUGCUACCAGACCCGUCUUGCCCUCUCGAUUCGGGAUCCCAAAGCACCCUUUCCACACUUUCUCAUACUCGACCAUCACUGGGUUAAUCGCGCUUAGCGAGGUAGAUUAUACGCGGCUGAUGAGAUGGAGAGUCGUUGGGUCAGCCUCCCUUCGCGGGCCUCGAAUUGGUUUCAUAGCCACACUGUACCCGGGUACGAUGAUCGCUACGACUAAUAUGUGUGCCUUUAUUGUUGCUUGUGGACCGCUUAAGAAGGAACCUGUGAGUCGUUUGUUGCUUCCUCCAGUGUUUGCUGUUGUACAGUCGCCAUGGAGUCUCCUGUGCAGAGUAGAGCCUCCGCUUCUCUCUCCUUGAUCACCUUCAGCAACUUGGUCUUAGCCAUCUUGGGAUAUGUUGUCACCCGGGUCAUUUAUCAAAUUGUUUACUACAGAUGGUUCCAUCCUCUUUCUAAAUUCCCAGGUCCGUUCUGGGCGAGCGUGACGAGAUUGUGGAUCGCAUACCACAAUUUGAAAGAAGACGAGCCUAUGGUUGCUUUUGAGCUGCACAAGAAAUAUGGCCCUGUCAUCAGAAUCACUCCCACUCUACUUCUGGUCAGCGAUGCAACGAAAUUGCCAGAAAUUUACAAUCGACAAGCAAACAAGUCGAAACACUACAUUACUGGAAGCUUCGGCAACGUCGAGAGUCUUUUCAACAUGCAAGACUGGAAAACUCAUGCUCGUUUCAGAAAGGUCGCAGCUGGAUCUUACAGCUUCUCCAACAUCAAGAAUAUGGAACCCUUGAUUGACUUGCGCAUUAAUGACUGGAUCACCAAACUCUCCACUUCUUUCGCAAAGACCGGCGAGAAGGUCGACUUUGCUCCUUGGGCUGUUUACAUGGCCUAUGAUGUUAUCUCUGAAGUAGGCUUCGGUGCUCCCUUUGGUUUCAUCGAAUCUGGCUCGGAUGUGGCUGGCUUGAUUCAAGGCUUCCACGAAGGUCUUGUUCCCUUUGGAUUAAUGGCUCGUCUUUAUCCUUUCACCAACUGGGUCAAAAGUACUAGUUUUGGCGACAAACAUCUUGUUGCUAGACCCGAACAGCAAAGCGGCAUUGGUACGCUCAUGCGUUUCCGUGACAAGUUGAUUGAUCAAAGAAGGAAAGACAUUGAGGCUGGGAACACAAAUGGCAGGAUCGACCUACUCCAGACAUUUAUCGAUGCUCGCGACGAGAAGGGCGAGUCUCUUGAUCCCGAAUACAUCAGAGCUGAGAUCCUCCUCGUUCUCCUCGCAGGUGCAGACACUACCGGCACAGCGAUUCAAGCUCUGAUCAAGGAUGUUCUGACCCAUCCCGCUGUCUACAAGAAGCUCAUGGCCGAACUCGACACCGCCACUCGUGCUGGCUACCUCUCUGACAUGCCUCAGUACAGCGAAGUCACCGAACACUGCCCUUACUACAUUGCCUGCAUCAAAGAAUCCAUGCGUCUCACCCCCUCAGCACCAAACAUGUUCCCCCGCCUCGUCAAUAACGGCGGUAUCGAUCUCUACGGCACCUACGCUCCCGAAGGCACAGAGAUCUCCUGCAACCCUUGGAUCGUUCACCGCGACCCUGCCAUCUACGGUUCAGACGCCAACGUCUUUCGUCCUGAGCGCUGGCUCGAAUCCGAAGAAAAGACUCGUUUGUACAACAAGUAUAACAUGGCGUUUGGCUAUGGAGCGAGAGUUUGUCUGGGAAGGGAGAUUGCCAACAUGGAGUUGUACAAGGCUCCGUUGCAGUUCUUCAGGAGCUUCAGUCCUGAGUUAUUGGAUAAGGAGAAGCCUGGGAAUUACUUGAUCAAGGGUGGUGUUAGUUAUUUUACGGACAUGUGGAUGACUAUUGGAGAGAGGGAGGCUGCUGUCAAGUCGGAAUGAGUAGGAACAUCAUAGCUCAAUAGAUGGUGCGAUUGAUCCCUAUUUAUUACAUCGAUAAUGCGCCCCUCAGGGCAUGCAGUCACUAUUCUGGGCUCGUAAAUUAUGUAUACACGAAGAGGGAGAGAGUUUGGUAUGAGUUUGAGCGAGCAGUGUCAGAUUGCUAAGAAAUACUAAUAGUGAAAAAGCUUUACCAAAAGAAUGUGUGUAGCAGUGUGAGAAACAAAAGAUCGAAAUCAUCAACUAUCAGAAAGCGCCAGGAAACAUCCCAUCUCUUCCAUAUCUCCUGUUUCAGAUGUCAGGCUCGGUCAACCAGCCACGAGUCUUGGGGUACAGAGCAGAUCUCAUCAUAGUGUGGACAUCAAUCUGUUGACCGAGAGCAUUCUGAGCGCGAACAGGCUGGAAAGGCUCAUUGGGUUGCUUGACAGUCAUGUUGUAGAUGAUGGGGCGCGUGAAACAGUCAGGCAGACUUCCAGUA